GGCCCUGUCGUUCUUCUUGAACCCCUCGCGAAGACAAGCUCUCAAUAAUCCACCACCGAGAAAACACUCCUCUCAAGCAUCGCGCCGACUAGCAAGUACCUAGUAAUGGCCUCAUCGAACGACUUCUCUGCUGUUCCGGCAUCGGCAACGGACGAACAUGAUCUAGCGCAGACUCUCCAGCAAAUCGCAAAGUACGUUCGACCUCGGUGUUGCCCCAGAAAGCCAUCACCGCUUCCUCAUCACAUGCAUGCCUUUUCAUGAUGCCAAUUGGAAUUGGAUCUUUUUUUGUCCGGGGCUUGCUCACGGGUGGCUUUGGCGGCGAGGGUGCGGCCCAGCCCAGCGCUCCAGCUGUCAGAAUACCACCCAAGCCGCCAGGCUAUUUUCAAGUACGACGACGCCCGGCAAAGAGACCAGGCCAGACCCAAUUAGCCUCUGCGCCUUCAUAUCUUUAUAUUCACUACUCUCUGUUCUCGAACACGACGAGUCAUGCAUACUGACAAUUUUUGGCUCUAGGGGCGAGAAAACGGCGCAGGCUCUGGAGUCGAAUCUGACCAGCCUCGAGAAAAAGAUUGAUGAUUUGCUGGCGAGUUUUGAGGAGUCGGAGCGGGCGAAAGUAGACGAGGCGAAUGGUAAACAGGGAAAGGAAGUCGGUGGUAUUGAUGGAAAGGGGGAGAAGGCUUGAUUUGUAAGCUGUGAUUGAGAGGAGGACAGCCCAGGAUGAAGAAGAUUCUUUUACUGUCCGCGGUCAAAUUGGGUCACCAUGUGGCAAACCUCUACGAUGACUGAUUCGCUACAUCCCGAUCAAUGGUGCCAAAAUACCGGCGACUGGAGAUACACGAGAGGACCUAUUGACGAUGUUGGCAUCGGGCAAGCUAUGCUACC